AUGACGCCGGGAAGCUCGGCCGCCGGAUCCGGCGUCGUCGGUGAGCAACCUUCCUCCUCCUUCCUGCUCGCGCCCCCUUCUCUUCCGCCCCGACUGUAUAUUUUUUCCCGCGAUCUUUCUUUUAGCCCCGCUGAUCGCCACGAACUGAGCGAUUCGAUUCUUCCUGAUCUUUUAGCGGGAGACGGUAUUGCGGUAGUUCUUCUGCAUCUGGCGUCUCUUGCUCCGUGGACGGAAGGGAAUAUGCACAGUUGGGGUUAUAAUAGAUGUGGGGAAUUUCUGUUUCGGGUGAUUGAUCAGGCGGCAGCGACGCUAGUCGAUCCCGUCUGCUGGCGAUACCUUGCAUCAUCAGGAUCUGUUAGAACAGUCAUGUGGCAUGAAUCUACCUAUUUGGCUGACUUUCCUCGGAACUUCAGGCUCCUAGAAGAGCUUGAGCGUGGAGAGAAGGGCAUUGGAGAUGGGACAGUGAGCUAUGGAAUGGAUGAUGCAGAUGACAUCUACAUGCGAUCAUGGACCGGCACUAUUAUUGGCCCACAUAAUACCGUCCAUGAGGGUCGCAUUUACCAGCUGAAGUUGUUCUGCGACAAGGACUACCCUGAGAAGCCACCAUCUGUUCGAUUUCAUUCAAGAAUAAACUUGACAUGCGUUAAUCAUGAAACUGGAGUGGUUGACCCGAAGAAGUUCAGUGUUCUGGGGAACUGGCAGCGCGAGUACACAAUGGAAUACAUCCUAACCCAUCUCAAGAAAGAGAUGGCAUCCCCACAGAACCGCAAGCUAGUACAGCCUCCGGAGGGGACAUUCUUCUAA